AUGACGUCUUUCAAGAAGCGACGCGAUGGCAUAACUAUUUUUUGCUUGUGUUUUACAUUUUGUUUAUUCAUGCCAUCUGCCGAAUCCAUCAAUUUGAUCAAUGAUUUCUAUACCCAGAACGGUCAAUUUGGAGCGUGUUCGGAGAGUAUUACAGGAGAGAAAAGUGCCUUUUUGCGAUCUCACGUCGGUGCCUACCAGUUUGGGAGUUUGAUCGGAUACCGCGCCAAUGAGGACUGUGCAGUUGGAUUUGACGCCGGCGAAGGCAAACAAGUUUUGGUCCAGUUUUUGCGAUUCAGCCUCCAGGAACCGACUAACUCCGUAUGUGAUGACUAUGUGAUGAUCGACGAGCUAGGGCGGACUGAUAACGCUACGUACUGUGGGAGUCAAGUCAUAUCUCCUUACGUAUCUGAUGCGGAAAACAUCACCAUAAUCUUCUACAGUGACUCAACCACUGAGCUAAGCGGAUUCAAGAUCCUGUUGACGUCAUUCCGAACGGCUGCAGGUGCUUGCCAACCAGGGGAAUUCAAAUGUGACGUCACUAGGUGUAUCGACAAUUCAUUAAAGUGUGACGGAGUGACCCACUGUGUCGACGGUACUGACGAGGAAAACCAACAAGCUGGUUGUACUUGGUUUGAUCAUGUCCUUGGCGCAGUGCUGAGUCUCGGAGAACAUACUAUUCUCGCUAUCGGCAUUUUGGCGGGAACUGCAAUAGUCGCUACAAUUACCGCGGUAGUUGUGUACCACGUGGUCAUCAAAAAGAAGAACAGAGUGAUACCCAUUCAACCAACAACCAAAGCGAAAACCACCUCGGUCGCCACCACCUCUGACCACUCGAAAUCUAGCAAGACGGCCUCGUCUUCUAAAUCAUCUGACAAACACAAAAAAGCUACGGGAUCGUCAUCUAAAAAGGCGACAACGAAAAAAGCCAAGAAAGUAGACCAAGUGGAGGAUGACGUUGACUGGUAG